GUGAAUUGGGGCGGGGCUUCUCGCGCUGUUACUGACCAUCUCACAUCGCCCAUCUUUAAAACCAGUCCCGUUAACCGGAGAGCCGCGUCCCGUCCCGUACUGAUAUAACGCCUUAUAACGGAUGAACUCUCGGGUGUCUUUUUAAGUGAGAAAAUCAACAAAGAGUGAAGACAAAAAAAAGAUGAUUGAAACAAUUGACACGCAGCGUUGUCUGCAGGCAGUGGAACGACUGCAGGCUCGUCUGAAGGAGAGAGGAGGUGACGUGCCCUCUGAUGAGAAACUGAACCUGCUUAAAUCUGUCCUGCAAAGCCCUCUGUUCCACCAGAUCCUCGCCCUCCAGAAAUCAGUACAGCAUCUUAAGGAACAGCCUUCAUGUGUAAACUCAGAUUAUAAUGGAGGAUAUGUUGACUCGGCUCAGAUUAAUGGGCGGACCUCAUCAGAGGAGCACGAGCGCAUCAUUCGCACCAUGGCUCAGGGUCGGUACGUGACUCAUAUUGACUUGGUGAAGCCGGUAUCAGGAGGCCUGGGCUUUAGCGUGGUAGGACUGCGAAAUGAGAACCAAGGAGAACUUGGCAUUUUCGUACAGGAAAUCCAGACAGGGAGCGUUGCAUACUGUGAUGGGAAGCUGAAGGAAGGAGAUCAGAUCCUGGCGAUAAAUGGACAGCCACUGGACCAGAACAUCAGCCAUCAGCAGGCAAUUGCGCUGCUGCAAAGAGCAUCUGAGCAUGUACAGAUUACGGUUGCCAGAGGGGCAAUUCCUCAGCUUUCCAGCCCAGUGGUGUCCAGAACACCUAGUGCUGCUAGUACACUGUCUGCACAUUCAAGUGGGAAUCACUGGACGCAGAUGGAGACUAUAGAGCUAGUCAAUGACGGCACUGGUCUGGGUUUUGGCAUCGUCGGGGGUAAAACUACUGGUGUCAUUGUCAAGACCAUUCUACCUGGUGGUAUCGCUGAUAAGGAUGGUCGCUUGCGCAGUGGUGAUCACAUCCUGCGUAUCGGGGACACUGACCUGUACGGUUUGGGCAGUGAGCAGGUUGCUCAGGUGCUGCGGCAGUGUGGCAACAGAGUCAAACUUCUCAUCACCAGAGCAACCGUGGAUGAUGCCUCCCCUGCGCCUGUAGCCCUGCCAACAGUUACUGAGCAACAGGACCAUGAAGAAGAGGAGCAGGAUGCAUUCGAUGUAAGUCUGACGAAGAACGCUCAGGGUCUCGGCAUCACCAUUGCAGGAUACAUCGGAGACAAGAACUCUGAGGCCUCUGGGAUAUUUGUGAAGAGCAUCACUGCAGGAAGUACUGUGGAACAAGAUGGCCGUAUCCAUGUUGGAGAUCAGAUCAUAGCUGUGGACGGAGUGAACAUACAGAGCUACACCAAUCAGCAGGCAGUGGAGCUCUUACGCCACACCGGUCAAACGGUCCACCUCAAACUUGUCCGCCACGGCUUUAGACCAGAAGACACUCUCCUGCCGAUCAUACCUGUGACCACCGAGGCUAAACCAAGACAGGAGUGUGUCGCCACAGACAGCAUGGAUGAUCCUGUGGAAGCAUCCAGACAUGUAGCUGCUGCUGAUGUUUUGCCAUGCACGCCUGAACAAAAGAAAGGCAUCAAACUGAAUAGCGAUGAGGAAGAGGAGCUGAGGAAGAAAUGGCAAAAUGCUCUCGGUCCUAGUAAUGAAGUUAUUGUGGUACAGGUAGAGAAAUUCAGUGAGAGCAGUGGACUGGGGAUCAGUUUGGAAGCGAGUGCUGGUCACCACUACAUAUGCUCAGUUUUACCCGAGGGACCUGUAGGACGUUCAGGAAAGCUCUACAGUGGAGAUGAACUACUGGAGGUGAACGGUAUACCUCUUAGAGGUGAGACACAUAAGGAAGUGGUGAGCAUUCUGAAGGAGCUGCCCGUGUGUGUGUACAUGGCCUGCUGUAGGCCCGCCCCUUUGCCCUCGACUGACAGUCAAACCGGCCAGCCACGGCUGGAAGAAGUGGCUAUGGAGUCGACAGAAAAGGACCUUGACGAUGAUGAGGACUUCCUUGUGCCUGGCGAUUCAGAGACGAGCCUAAGAGAUCUCGUGCAAGAAGAGACUGUGGGAACUUCAUUGGCAAUGUGGGAGUCAGAGAUCCAGGACAUUGAGCUGGAGAAAGGAGAACGUGGACUGGGUUUUAGCAUCCUAGACUACCAGGACCCUAUGGACCCAGCUAAGACUGUGAUCGUGAUCCGAUCUCUGGUGCCUGAAGGUGUGGCUGAAGUGGACGGACGUUUGUUGCCAGGAGACCGGCUGAUGUAUGUCAACAGCAUCAACCUCGAGAGUGCUAGUCUGGAGGAGGCAGUUCAGGCACUGAAGGGGGCCAGCUUAGGCACCGUCCACAUUGGAGUAGCCAAACCACUGCCUACUCCCUCCUCUAUAUUCUCGGCUCUGUUGUGGAUGGAGAGAGAUGAGGAGGAGGAGGAGGAGGAGGAAGAAGUCUUAUUCCGCGCUGAGCCAGUACUGAUUGACACUAGCGAUGUGGACUUGUCAGACGACAAGUUCGAUCGUCAUUACGACGCUGAGGAAGACGACACGUUUCAGGCGUCCAUGAUCGCCCUUCACGGAAGCACCUGCAGUGCAGAUCUCACCUAUCAGAUGGCCGUGCAAGCCUCCACCCCUCAGAGAAAUGCUCACCUGGAUUCGUUCAUGGACUAUCCUUUUAUGACGGCAUCUGAAAUCGGAGAGCCAUUUUCUCCUGAGGAGAAGGGAGCAUCUGUAAGGCUUGAAGCAGGGACCGGAAGACUUGGCUCCACCCACUCCAGUCUGAUUAUGGAAAAUGAUUUAGAGAGAAUGAACUCCAUGGACCCACUGAUGUCAAAAGCUGGGAUUUGUAGAGCAAACACUGCUUCCACUUGUAAAGAAGAGAAGCUUGCAACAACAUUAUAUAGAGAGAUGGGACCAAUCAUGCCAGAGAUCCAAGGGCGAGUGCAUGAAGGUGGUUAUGUUCGUGCUUCUCAAGAGGAGGAAGAUGAUUUCCCAAUGGAUAAAACUCAAGAGGAAGAAACAGAUCAACAAGAAAUGACUCCAGGGAGCAAUUUUGAGAGGACCAUCACUGUUGUCAAGGGCAACUCAAGUUUAGGUAUGACAGUGAGCGCAGUGAAGGAUGGCGUGGGUAUGCUGAUCCGCAGCAUCAUUCACGGCGGGGCCAUAAGCAGAGAUGGACGUUUAGGUGUUGGAGAUCUCAUUCUCGCCAUCAACGGCGAAGCAACCGGGAACCUGACCAACGCACAGGCACGCGCCAUGCUGCGCAGACACUCACUCAUUGGAUCUGACAUGGGAUCUUCAGUUGCUCCGGAAGAGGAGCUCUGCCCCUUUUAUAUCAUUACCUAUGUACCAGCGGAGUAUUUAGAGGAAUACAAGGCUAUUAAGCAGGCCAAGGAUAAUACCUUUGCUGUGGAUGCAUCAAGCACACCAAGGUCUGUAGCAGAGCUUCCUGAGAGGGAGGAUGGUGAAGGGGAGGAGAGCGAACUACAGACAGCAAACUUCAACAACUGGAACCAACCAAGGAAGGUGGAGCUCUACAGGGAAGCAGGAAAAUCUCUGGGUAUCAGCAUCGUUGGUGGGCGAGGCAUGGGCAGUCGCCUGAGCAACGGGGAAGUGAUGCGGGGCAUCUUCAUCAAGCACAUCCUGGAAGACAGCCCUGCGGGACGCAAUGGUACUCUGAAAACCGGAGACAGAAUAGUACAGGUGGAUGGUGUAGAUCUGCGAGAUGCCAGUCAUGAGCAGGCUGUAGACGCCAUUCGUAAAGCUGGCAACCCUGUUGUGUUUCUGGUGCAGAGCAUUAUCAACAGGCCCAGGACAUCGGCAGCAGACUCCGUCGAGGGCAGAACAGCGCGGGUCUCAAACCCCAGCAACAAGGAUGUUGAGAGUCACAGUAGGCUUUUCCUCCGUCUCUCCCCAACUAACCCUUUCACCCCCACUCCAUUUAAGCUGAAUCGAGAGCCAGGGAAAAUUUCCCCGACGAUGCCGUUCCUCUCAGUGCCACGCAUAGGCGAGACGGACACGGACACGCUGACCGAGGUCCCUGAUCAUCUCACUCUUUCUCAUGACACGGUGGAGGAAGAGGAAGAUGAGUUUGGCUACACUUGGAAAAAGGUGGUCGAGCGUUAUGGGAGUCUGCCCGGUGUGUUGCAUAUGAUUGAGCUGGAGAAGGGAAGAAGUGGUUUAGGCCUGAGUCUGGCAGGGAACAGGGAUCGCUCAAGAAUGAGUGUCUUCGUAGUAGGCAUCGAUCCCAAUGGAGCAGCUGGGAGAGAUGGACGCAUCAUUGUAGGAGAUGAGCUGCUGGAGAUCAAUGGUCAGAUUCUGUAUGGUCGCUCCCAUCAAAAUGCCUCAUCCAUCAUCAAGAGCGCCCCAUCCAAAGUCAAAAUCAUAUUCAUUAGAAACACGGACUCUCUCACUCAGUUGGCUGUCAUCCCAGUGAAAGAAUUCGGAGAUGUCCUGGACACACAGCCAGAGGAAGAGGAAGGACUGGUGUUUAGUGAGGAGGACAAGAAUGGCAUGAUCAUUCAGGAUGUUAAAGAAGAUGGAGCAGCCAUGAAGGUACAGGAGAGUAGUACACAACCAGGAGAUAGACUGAUGGUAGUAGAUAAUGAAAUGCCACAGGACCUCUCUGUGGAGAAGGUAACGUCACUAGUGAGCAAAGCGAAGAGCUCAGAGAAGCUCACUCUCUGUACAGAUAUCCACACCCCAAUAUCAACCUCAUCCAAUCAGACACGGAGACUAUCAGACCCAGCGGUGGUCACCAGCAUGCCUCUGUCCUUGACACCACCAGAAAUGGAAUCAAUCAAGAGUUCCAGCAGAUCAUCCACCCCUGCGACCUUGGCAUCCGACCCUGUGACCUGCCCCAUAAUCCCUGGUUGUGAGACUACCAUUGAUAUCUCUAAAGGAAGGACAGGACUCGGCCUCAGCAUUGUGGGUGGCUGUGACACACUGCUGGGCGCUAUAAUAAUUCAUGAGGUGUAUGAGGAAGGUGCUGCUGCUAAAGAUGGAAGACUCUGGGCAGGAGAUCAGAUCUUAGAGGUGAACGGUAUUGACCUGCGCACAGCGUCCCAUGACGAAGCAAUAAACGUGUUGAGGCAGACACCACAGCGAGUGCGUCUGACUGUGUUCCGUGAUGAAGCACAGUACAAGGAGGAGGAGCUCUGGGAUGUGCUGUCAGUGGAGCUGCAGAAGAAACCAGGCCAAGGCCUCGGACUCAGUAUCGUCGGAAGAAGGAAUGAUACAGGUGUGUUUGUGUCUGACAUUGUGAAGGGAGGCAUUGUUGAGAGUGAUGGCCGGCUCUUGCAGGGAGAUCAGAUUUUGUCUGUUAACGGUGAGGACGUACGGACAGCAACACAGGAGUCUGUUGCCGCCCUGCUGAAGUGCUGUGUUGGUCCAAUCAAUUUGGAGGUGGGUCGCUUCAAGGCAGGGCCGUUCCACUCAGAGAGACGCCUGUCUCAGGGCAGUCAGUUAAGUGAAAGUGGAAGCUGUAAAGCCAGCCAGCUCUCUUUCACUGGUUCUGGCAGAUCACAAGAAGACUUUGAGAACUGCCACAGAAGUCACGAAUCACUGGACCAGGACAGCCGAACUGUAGAGCUCUCCAAGGGUCCAUCCGAGUCCCUGGGGAUAAGUAUAGCAGGUGGAGUGGGUAGUCCUCUGGGUGAUGUGCCCAUCUUCAUUGCCAUGAUGAACCCAGCUGGUUUGGCUGCACAGACACAGAAACUCAGAGUUGGUGAUAGGAUCAUAUCAAUCUGUGACACAUCUACUGAAGGCAUGGCCCACAGCCAAGCUGUAUCACUGCUGAAAAACACCACAGGAACCAUACGCCUGCAGGUUGUCGGAGGUGACACUACAGUAACAGGUCCUGCUCUGGAUCAAACAUCUGGUCUCACCAGCAGCAGCAUCUUCCAUGAUGACCUGGGUCCUCCUCAGUGUAAGACGAUUAGUCUGGAGAGAGGGCCAGACGGCUUGGGCUUCAGUAUAGUGGGAGGGUUCGGUAGUCCCCAUGGCGACCUGCCCAUCUAUGUAAAAACGGUGUUUGGAAAGGGUGCAGCUGCAGAGGAUGGGCGUCUAAAGCGUGGGGAUCAGAUAGUUGCAGUCAACGGUCAGAGUUUAGAGGGAGUCACGCAUGAGGAGGCUGUCGGUAUUUUAAAAAAAACCAAAGGGACCAUCACGCUCACCAUACUCUCAUAGGACACUAAAUUAUACAUCAUCAUAUUAAAAAACACUGGCUUAUGUUACACACUGUGACCUUUUAACAUUAAUACUGUAAAUAUCCAGUACUGAAACAUUUUUUUAUUAUGAUCAUCCGUCAUUAUUUAUUCUUUUACUAAUACAACAGAUGCUGUUUCAAAUUCUUUACCUUCACACUGUUGGGAGAUGAUUAAUGAUGAAUAACGUAUCUACUGUUUUAGCUUCAUGCAUCAGUAGGUAGUGGGAGUUAGGAACAUAUGAAUUAAACUUUGGGGUGCAAUUAAUCCGAGCAUAUAGAAAAUACCAUACAGCAGCUACUGAAUAGAGUCAUGUGACUAUUUUUAUGUAAUGUUGUUAGCUAUAUAAAAUGUAGUUAGCUUUAGCUACUUUUUAAAGCAGAUCCUACUUUGGCAGCUUUGCCUGAUCUACUUUAGAGUUUUUAUUAGACAGCAGGUUUUGGCAGUUUACCCAGCACUGCUUUCUUUCGCUUCUUGAAUAACACUUCAGGCAACAGUUUUAGUCCCAGACUGCAAAAAAACAAAACAACCUAGACUACAUUCUUACAGCUAGUAUUACUGAUCGUACAAUUCAUGUGGACAACUGAUUAGCCAUCGAUACUGUGCGUUAUUUAUACAACUGGGACUGUGAGACAUAAAUGUAAGUAUUAGAGAGAAGGAGUCUAACCAGCACGCAAUAGCGUUUUAAAUUUGUUAGUGAUACAGAGUUCUAGCUGUUAAUACACACUGUGUCUUCGUGUAGAGCUAUUUACAGUAUUUUUGGAUUGGAUUUUGAAAUGGAAGGAACAUUGUUUUUCAGUAUAUUAUGUAUCUAUCUGUAAGCAUUUUAGUCAAUGUUACUAAUUUAGAGAGAUUACACACAAGCAAUAAACAUUUCUAAAACCA